AUGCAGCAAACAGAAAACGGCGAAGGGGCGGCGACAGCCGAAGUGCAAGUCAACGACCAGCCCAACGCGCUUAUAGCAUGUAAAGUACCUGAAGAGGUCUUCAACGAUGCUCAGUUGAAGGCCAAGUUUGAGGCUCUGUUCCACUCCUUUGACACUGGCGCCUCCUUCCAGUUCUUCAAGAGUUUCAGGCGUGUGAGAAUCAACUUCACCGAUGCUUUGGCAGCUGCUGAGGCCAGAAUCAGGCUUCACAAGAGUGACUUCAAUGGCAAAGAGAUGCGCUUGUAUUUUGCCCAGACGGUGCAUAUAGGGAGUCCCCGUCUAGAACCACCCAAGCCAGAGAAGCAGUUUCUCAUCUCUCCUCCAGCUUCGCCACCUGUGGGCUGGGAACAAUCUCAGGACGCCACGCCCGUCAUCAACUACGACCUGCUCUGUGCCGUCUCUAAACUUGGCCCAGGUGAGCAGUUUGAACUCCAUACUGGAACCACCAACACUCCCAGCGUGAUCGUUCACGUGUGCGAGGAUGAGCAGGACAGCUCGGGAGGCGAGGAAGAAACGGAGGGGGGCAAGCGCACCCGUCCCAGAAUCAUCCAGACCCGGCGUCCCGAAUACACCCCGUCUGUCAAGCAGUGA